CGGCAGCUCAGGGAUAGGCUCGCACUUAUGGCUAUGCGCUGUUUGUUGUAUGCCCGCCGAGCUUGCAAGGACACCGCAUGCAGGAGAGUAGCGUGGAAAGACUCGAGAGUGGGCAAGCGCUAGCGCGAGGGACGGCGAUACACAACGACCCGAUGUCUGACAUGAUGUUCAUCGUGCUCAGAACUGGGGACACGGCACAAUACAUCUGCUGAGAAGCUGGACGACGGUCGAGACAGACUCUUCUCAUUGUGCCGAGCUUCCACACUGAAAGUGAGAAGGAAGGAUAAUCGCAGUGCGAUAGCGCAUCAGCGAAAUUUCAGCAGCAGAGCUCAGCGGUCGUAAUUAUUAUUCCCCCACUGUGCUCUACUGCCUCUAGGAGUAUUACUGACUACACUUCUCUAAUUCGUUUUGUGACUGACGGCUCCGUUGAGUCAUAGGAACGCCAGGGACCGUUAGCAGUCCCCACAGGACUCGCUGAAUUAAUUAUUUGGAAGGCCCAGAGGAAGACAGAGGAUGGCUGCGAAGGCUGGCGACGAUGAGGAACUGUUGCGCGAGCCAAGUCCCAAGGAGCUCCGUUCCGGUCGUCGCACGACAUCAGCCAAGGUUGAACUGGCGGUCGCCACAACGAACGCACAAAAGAAGACAUUCACGCGCUGGCUGAAUGCCCAGCUGGUACGGGGCAGGGCGGACGUGAAAGUGGACGACCUGUUCAAGGACCUGCGCAGCGGUGUGAUCCUGCAGCGGAUGGUUGGUGUGCUGUAUCCGGGAGUCAAGCUGCACCGGGAAAAGGGCAAAGGCAAAAUGCACCGCAUCUCCAAUCUGAACACUGUGUUGCAGUACCUGCGCAAGGAAGCCAAAAUGAAGCUGAUCAAUAUUGAUGCGGAGGACCUGUUCGAAGGUAAGGAGAAUUUGACACUCGGCCUGAUCUGGAUGAUCAUUCAACAUCACCAGCAGAAGGGUGGUUCGGCGAGCGGGAGCCUGAAAAAGUCACUGUUGGAGUGGUGCAAGAACUGCACUGGCGGUUACAGUGGCGUGAACGUCACCGACUUGGCCAAGUCCUGGAGAGAUGGCCUGGCGUUCAACGCUCUGCUGCACCACCACAAGCCGGACGUCGUCGACUUUGACUCCCUCGGCCAGAGCGACGCCAACGAGAACCUGCGCAGCGCAUUCGAGCUCGGCGAGAAACACUUCAACAUCCCGCAGCUGCUCGACCCGGAGGAUGUCAAUGUCGAGUCGCCGGACGAGAAGUCCAUCAUCACAUACCUGCUCGACGUGCGGAACGAGCUCGAGCCUCUCAAAGUGUCCGGCAGUGCUGCUCCGCCGGCUGAGCCGGUUGCUGAGCCGGUUGCUGAGCCGGUUGCUGAGCCGGUUGCUGAGCCUGUUGUUGAGCUGGUUGUUGAGCAGAAUGACUCGGAACAGCAGCAACAGGAACCACAGCAGGAAUCGCAACCGCCAGCGGUAGACUCCGGUAAUGCCGAGCUGCUUGCCUGGAUUGAGGAGCAGAAGCGUCUUGUUGCGCAGCUCGACGGAGAGAUCCCGUUCAACGACGUCCAGGCACUGAAGACGGCGCUGGACAGUGCUGGAGAUGUCCAAAGUGCAGCCCGUGCGAAAGAGGACAGCGUUGACGCUACUAACUCCGAUACACUAUCGGCGGAAUACCGCACUCUGUUGAGCGAUAUUGACAACCAUCUGGCCUCUCUGCGAGCCGCACUUGCAAGUGCCAACAAGCAUUUGGCAACGAAAGCCUCGAUUAGCGGCAGCACCGACGAUCUCGUGGAGUGGGCUCGUCAGAGAAAUCGCGUGUUUGAGAAGGUGAAUGACUUGCCAAACAGCUGGAGUGAGCUGUGUAGGCUGAAGGCCGAACUUGAGAAGCAUGUGAGCGAGGACAGGCCGAGCAAGGAGAGCAAGAAGACGGAUGUGUGCAGUCAAGUUGAAGAUCUAGUGUCAUCACUGGCGGCCACGGCAAACAGCCAGGAGCUGGUGCAUGCCGUGCGCGGUGACCAGGAGCGCCUGGAGAAUGCCUGGCAGGACAUGGCGCGCCAGCAGCCUGCCUACGCGGCUGCCCUGGACAAGCGCAUGGCGGCCCUUCGCCAGAGCGCCAUCACGACCAUGGACGGUGCUUGUGCUGCAUUCAACACUGCGGUCGACGAGCACAUUGAAUCAUUGAAUGUGGACGGCAUGACUGGAGAGGCGGAUGAAGUGCAGAAACGCAAAGCCAAAUUCGAGGCACAAGCAGCGGAGAUGCUACCUGCUCUGGAGCGGCAACGCUGCCAAGUGCAAAAUCAAGCCAAAGAGUAUGGCCAGGAAGGCACGCUGGAGAGUCCAAGCGUUUCCCAGUACCACGAGAAUGCAGACGCUGCGUGGAGGCGCCUCAAGGAGAAGCGUGCACUCUGCCUGGCCCAUCUGGACGAGCGCCUUUCGCGACAAAGCGAGAACCGGCAUUCUCUGGAGGCGUGGGUUGCUCAGAAGCAAGCCAGCUUCCAAGCAGACGACGUGGAGAAGCUGAGGCGUGCAGAGUUGGAAGACCGUCUCCAUGGAUUCGACGGUGCGUACCUCAUCCAGGAAUUGCCGCCGCGACAAAGCCAGUAUGCUGAAUUGGCGGAGAAGCCUGGCUCGCCAUUGGCCAGCCAAUGGGAAGAGCUGCAGCGGAAGCAGACAGCAUAUCGUGCUGCUAUUGUUGCUGCUCUCGAUGAGCGAAAGCGUGUCAUCGCCGAACUAGCAAACUGGACCGAGUCAAACAAAGCAUGUUACAGUGUCCGUCAGUUUCCGUCUGACCGCGCAGCACUGGAGCAGCUACAGUCCGACGCCGAGCUGUUCGGCGUCGCCGACGUGCCGCGAAUGGACCAGAAGUUAGCUAAUCUUGCUGGCGUGUGCCGGCCCGAUGCUGAGGACCUGAUGGAAGCCUGGACGCGCCUCGUGGACGGUGUUUAUCAGGAGUACAAGGCCGAACUGGCGCGCAGGAUACAGUCGCUCGACGAUGCCGAGGCACUGCAGAAGUGGUCCAACAGCCAGCGCAUCAAGUUCCGCCAGGCAGUGUCCGGCAACAGUCACGAGGAGCUGCAGAUGCUUGUCGCCGAGCUGGACAGGCACGAGCAAGGCGAGCUGCAGGAGAAGACACAGCUCAAGGAAACGAUGCCCGCUGGCUUGCCAGAGAGUGAGCCGCCGUUUGCAAAGCUCACGGAUAUGUGGCGUGACAUGGAGCAGGCACGUGCUGACUAUCGCCGCUCUCUCAUGAACGAGCUGGAGAGAACGUCCAAUGCAGCAGCAGCAGCAGCAGCAACAGCAGGCCAGAGUGACAAGUUUGAUGGAGGCAGCAGCCCUGCCAUGGAGCCGAUUCUGCCACCGGCCGCUAUGCGCGACGCCGACGCCACCAGGCCAUCAUCUCCACCGGCUUCACUAGCACCGUCCAGCGGCGACGGUGGUGGCGGCCACGAGGACUCCGGCGAACAGGACCUUGCCAGCGGCGAAACGACGCCACUGAUUUCCAGCCCGCCGGGCAGCCCUGUACGCCGAUCGUCGUCGUCCGACAAGCCAGCCGGCAAGAGGACGAACGAAGAUGCCUGCUGCUCCUGUUGCCCCUGCUGUACCAUUAUGUGACCGGUGUGAAGUCCUACGGCCGGGAACGGGCCUCGGUAACGCAUGAAGUCCAACGGGCCUUUGAAAUUGAGGUUUUGCUGAAUGGUACUUUGGAUGAUGUCACCGGGAGAACUAUGAGUCAUAUCACGGUGUAGUCACGACCUAAUGGUUAUGACCGUGCCGCCGGGUGACUGGCAAGCUAAGUUAACAUUACAUGACGGCAUUUCGCUUGCCCCUCGUCCAUGCCAGUUGUAUCUGCCAGCAUCCUGCUUCGUAUGCCCAAUCUGGUAUUGUGGUACAGCCUGGGAAAACAGCAGCAGCAGCAGCAGCAAUAGCAGUACAUGUAUCAGAUUCUGUAACUAGCGAGUGAACAAGCACAGUUGCAGCUUUGCUUAUCUAAGUUGCUAGGCUGUGGCAUAGGCAGCGCAUUUUGGUAUUAAUUCCAUUCACCGCUCCGCCUUUUUCAAAGUGUCAUUCCCACCGAGCCGAAUCCCACGGUUCACGUACCCGCACACAGUGCAAUGUCAUCAUCCUGACCUCUGGCUUCAAUGCGCUGCUGGUCUUCGGGUCAGGGUGGUUUUACUGAUACCUGGUGUUCGCUUGUCAUCAAGUUUCCUUGCGUCGCUUUUCACUGUGCACACUCUUGUGUACGUGAUUGUUACACUUCUUAUAGUGAUCACAUUUUUUAUUUGAUUUUUAUUACUCUUUUUAAUGAUAACAAAACUGAUUAUUUCCCUAUCAAAUCAACAUUCUAAAGCCGCUCGCAGUACCGGUAUGAUCUAA